AUGUCUGGCCCAGGCGACAACUCAACCCGACGACCGGCAUCGGUCCAGAUCGAGCAGCUCCAAGUGCAAGGCUUCAUCAACCAGACCACACAAGUCGCCAACUUUCUCGGAAUCCAGUAUGCGACGAUCCCAGCACGAUUCCGACAAGCCCGCCUCGUCGACCAUUCCCGCCAAACCGGUAUCCUGGAUGCGACGCAAUAUGGACCGCGGUGUCCGCAAUCUUCCCGACCGGGCGGCGAGGCGCAAAUUCCCUUGUUUCUCGGACAGCGACGCAGCCACGAAACUCCAGUCGACGAAUUUGGAUGCCUUAGGCUGAACAUCUACACGCCGCCGAGUCAACAAGAUCCUCAACCUCUGCUGCCAGUGGUAGUCUGGAUCCACGGCGGGGGGUUUGCGAUAGGCGACGGCGGAGCCGACUUCGACGGCAACUAUCUUGUCCGCCAUUCGAUCGACAACUCCAAGCCCGUCAUCUACGUGGCCCUGAACUACCGAUUAGGACACUUUGGGUUUUUGUGGUCCAAGGAACUAUACGCCGAGGCUGUGCGCGAUGGCGAAACACCCUUCCAAAACAUCGGCUUUUGCGACCAGCGGACGGCUUUGCUCUGGAUUCAGAAGCACAUCCAUCACUUUGGCGGCGAUCAGGAUCAGAUCACCAUUGCUGGAGAAUCGGCCGGUGGAUUGUCGGUGCUGGCUCACUUACGCUCUAAUGUGCCGGUGUGUCAGCAUGGGAUCAUCAUGUCAUGUCCUAACCUGGACUAUCCCCGACCUGAAGAGGUGCAGGCGACUUUUGAACAGCUCGUCGAUGAAGCAUGCAGUAUCUCGGGCGUGCCAUUGUCGUCGUCUCCGUUGUCGGACAAUGAGAAGUUGAUGGCUCUUCGGAGACUGACGGCAGAUGAUAUGGUCCGGUUGAUGGGGACGCAAUUCGCCACGCCGAAAUAUGAUAAAGAGUGGUUUACGUAUCAGGAUCCAGAUAAAACUACAGCUGGGCCGGCGCCCUUUGCGCCCUGGGUCAAGGGUGUCCUGGCUGGCGCGACGAGAGAUGAAGCUGCUCUGUUUACAAUUGUUAGGGGACUGCACAAGUGGACGUUUGCCCAAUUUGAAGAAAGGGUUAAAUCUGCUAUUCCGGACCCUACGCUUGCAGCUGAAUUGAUGGAUGCGUAUGGAUUGAGUGACAAGGCUGAUGGUUCGACUAACUUUCGAGGGUUUUUGGAUAUGAUUACCGAUUGCAGUUUUGCGGGCGUGCCGUAUAUUCUUGCCGAACAGGAACAGGAAGAGUCAGAUGGGAAGAGUCUUGAGGCGGCUGCUCCGCCCGUAAGUGUCUACCGCUUCGAUCAGCAAGAUACGUUCAAGGACAGCCCUCUUUACGGAUAUGCAUAUCAUGCGCUGGACAAUGCUUACUUCUGCCGUCUGCCCUCUGUGGCGGGACCAAAUGCGGCGCAAGAUACUAAAGCUACAGCGGACAAGAUGUCUGAAGCGAUUUUGGCGCUUGCAUAUGGAGACCAGCCGUGGGAGACGUAUCGCGAAAACCAGAAUGUCAUGGUCUUCAAUGGCAACAAGAGCGGGUUGGAGCAUGCGAGCCCGCAGAAUCGAUGGCGCAGCAUUUUGGAAAGGGAAAGCGGUGAUCCAAGGCGGACAAGGAUCUUGAGAAGGGCUGGACAUCGCUUGAUGGGACUGCUUCAUGCUUCUUUGCCGUGA